AUGGGACCAUCUCGCUUUGGCAUUGGGCUCCUGGCCCUAUCGAGCUUAUCUCGUGCCGUAUUGGCUCGAGAGUGCAUCAUCGAUGAGAUCCUCACCGUUUCCAGCCCCCAAGAUCUGGAUAGUCUUCGCGAUGGCUGCACGACGAUUACCGGCAAUAUCGCCAUCGACAGCGACUACUCCGGCGACUUCUUUCUCGAGGGUGUUAGCGAUUUCGUCGGCAACAUUUCAACUUCCGAAGACGCGCCCCCGGUGAAUCUAGGUGUAUUGGAUCUCCCCGAUCUCGUCAACGCCGCCGCAAUUACCGUGCACCGAGUUGAAACCGUGAAUCUAGGCAACCUCCAGCAUGCUGGUGAGCUCCUCCUAGGGCCGUCGUCUCCUGAUGGAGAGGUCAACCUUGAGGCAUUGAAAGAUGCCGAUAAUGUUGGGUUCAAGGGUGGUUGGAAGAGCAUCGUCCUCUCCUCAUUGGAGACGGUCACCGGAGAACUAGGGUUUUACUUUGUGCGAGGGGAUGAUGUUUUCCCUGAUGAUGACGAGAUUCCCUCGCUGGUGGUUGAUCUUCCAGUUCUGAAGACAACGUCCCAGUUCACGGUCGAGGGAAAGGUGGCAAGCAUCUCGGUGCCUGAGCUCGACAAAGCGGGCGACACUGACACUCCUGAGCGAGAUUCUUCACAGGGCUUGCGACUUAACAUCGAGACACAGAUUGAGGUUGAAUUCCCGAAGCUGCAAACCAUAGGAGCCACGACGCAGGUGUUUGGCAAUCUAUCUCGCAUAAGCCUCCCUGCUCUCGGAGAAACCGCCACAGGCAUGGAGUUCAACACUGAUAUGCCGCUUGAAAUCUACUCGACUAUAGAAACAGCCUUUUACGUGUGGCUGUGGGGGAAAAUCAAGAGUGUUGAAUUUCCCAAAAUGGUUGAUCUAGGCUCUGUCGAUAUCGCGGAUGCCAUACGGCCCUGCAAUGAGACGCUUGUCAAGCUGUGGGAGGCCAUUCCCAGCCACGGUCCACCCGGGCAUGAGAGCAGCUGGUACUGGCGGUGUUUUCGCGAGGACCUUCCGAGAGAUAGCAAUCAAGUCGAUGUUAAUACGACUACUACCGUGGCUCCGAAUGAGCCGACCAGCACUGCUGGCAGUGGCGAGAGCUCAACGGAGCCUGGUCAUCAGGAACCCAGCAGCACUGAUCCAGAGACAAGUGAUGAUUCAGGCGUUCCUGGAAAUGAGGGAGUGUUCCUCUUACCAUCACAGGCAGGUAUACUGGCAGCACUACUGGCGGCUGUGGGUGUAGGUUCCAUGAUGUAG